GGGUAGGUUGUUUCACAGUUGACCGUCUUCUUCAUUCUCAAACAACUCUGCAAUGAUUAAUCCACGCAUGGAACAUGUGAGCUUGAUCCACCACUCUAUAUGUUCCAUUCUCUUCUCCAGUCUCGGAAGAAGCGGAGAGGACGAUUUCGAUAUCCGUUCUCUCGAUCAGUUCUCAAUCAUGGUAUCAGCAAAAGCUUCAGACGAUUUCCACUUCGUUUGCGAUUCUAUUUCUUCCAACCAUUUGAUUCCUAAUUGGCAUUCCAGGGUUGAUCUUUGAGGAGCUACUUGUAAUCUCUCAUUUGCUUACCAAUAUCUGUGAGGAAGACAUGUCAGUUCUGUGUGGUGCCCCUCCACUCAUUGAGUGUGUGUGCUGUAUGGGCUGUGCCCGUUGGGCUUGGAAAAGGUGUCUCCACACCGCAGGCCACGAAAGCGAAACAUGGGCCCUUGCGGCCUCAGAUGAAUUCGAACCUGUCCCUAGGCUUUGCAGAUAUAUAUUGGCCGUCUAUGAGGAUGAUCUCAGAAAUCCUCGAUGGGAACCCCCUCGAGGAUAUGGAAUCAAUCCAGAUUGCGUGAUUAGGAAGAGAACAUAUGAAGAUAAUUGUGGGAGAGCGCCUCCUUAUAUGUUGUACCUGGAUCAUGAUCAUGGUGAUAUAGUUCUUGCCAUAAGAGGCCUUAAUUUGGCAAAGGAGAGUGAUUAUGUGGUUUUGUUGGACAAUAGGUUGGGUAAGAGGUCAUUUGAAGGAGGAUAUGUUCAUAACGGGUUAUUGAAAGCAGCCGGAUGGGUUUUAAAUGCUGAGAGUGAGAUGUUGAAGGACUUGGUCGAGAGAUACCCGAGUUAUACUCUGACUUUUACUGGGCAUUCUCUGGGGUCAGGUGUGGCGGCAUUGCUGACAAUAGUGGCGGUGAAGAACCGUGACAGGUUGGGGAAUAUUGAGAAAAAAAGGGUUAGGUGCUUUGCCAUUGCACCAGCUAGAUGUAUGUCACUUAAUCUUGCAGUGAGAUAUUCGGAUGUGAUAAACUCUGUAGUACUUCAGGAUGAUUUCUUACCCCGGACAGCGACUCCAUUGGAAGACAUCUUCAAGUCACUAUUCUGUUUGCCAUGCUUACUAUGUGCCCGGUGCUUGAGAGAUACUUGCAUAUCUGAAGAGAAGAAGCUCAAAGAUUUAAGGAGGCUGUAUGCACCCGGUCGCCUCUAUCACAUUGUUGAGAGAAAACCUUUCAGAUGCGGAAGGUUUCCCCCAACGGUAAGAACAGCUGUUCCCGUGGACGGGAGAUUUGAACACAUAGUUCUGUCUUGUAAUGCAACUUCUGAUCAUGCAAUUAUAUGGAUUGAGAAAGAAGCCCAAAGGGCCUUGGAUUUGAUGCAAGAAAAGGAGGGCAAGAUGGAGAUCCCAGCAACACAGAGAAUGGAGAGGCAACAAUCACUGGCUAAAGAACAGAGGAAGGAGUAUAACGCUGCCCUAAAGAGAGCGGUGACCUUAGACGUGCCCCAUGCUUAUUCCCCCUCUGAAUAUGGAACCUUUGACGAUGAGGAUGAGGAGAAACAUUCUUCUUCUUCUCCACCCGUGGAAACAUCAUCGAAGAGAAGCAGAAAAGGCAGAGAAAGUUGGGACGAAGUGAUAGAUCGCUUGUUUGUUAAGGAUGAUGAAUCCAGGUCACAUGCUCCUACUCAAUAAACCAAAGUUACCAAACUCUCAUUAUUUUUAGUAAAUAAAUUCUUUCUGUUUGUAUUUUUGUUGUACUGUAUUGUCUUGCACAAUAUACACUAUUACAUAGAAUAAUGGUUGAUCGUGUGUGUAAUUGUCUAUACUAAAAUAAACUUUGAUAUGUUCG